UGUGUGUGUGUGUGUUUGCCUGAGUGUGUCAUUUAGCCAAAAUUGCUCAACAGGCGGGAAAGAGACGGGCGUUGGCUUAACCGGGGAGGGGCCAAACCCUCCCUUCGCCACUCGGGUCUCCAACCAGCUCACCAGCAACAGCCAACUUUCCUCUCUGUCCAGCUAGUUGCCGACCACAGCUAUGUCGUCCAGGUACGCUGUGGGCCCCACCGAAACCGAGCGUUGCAUCGAGUCGCUGCUGGCCGUCUUCCAGCGCUACGCUGGGAGGGAUGGAGAUAGCAAGACUCUCUCCAAGAAGGAAUUCAAAACAUUCAUGGAUACGGAGCUGGGCUCUUUCACCAAGAACCAGAAAGAUCCAGGCGUCGUUGACCGUAUGAUGAAAAAGCUGGACAUGAACAACGACGGGCAGCUGGACUUUUCCGAGUUCUUGAACCUCAUCGGGGGCCUGGCGGAUGCCUGCCAUCACCACAUGGCAUCUGCGCCCGCCCCCCCAAAAAGACUGUGAAGGCAUCCGGGCGAUUUCAAAUCUUGUCAUCCAAAGCAUUCCAAAAAUCAGGGAAGGAUGUGCGCAAACUUCCUUUACUUUUUGUUUUCCUUGUUAAAAAUUUGAAUAAAAUCGAGAAUGAA